AUGACACGAAGGUAUGCCGAUCGGCAUGCCUCAAACUCCAGUCAACACGCCACAGAGAAACAAAUUCUGCUCCAGGAGGAACCGAGUUCUGCCUUCAUUGCUUCUCUCCAGUCUUCCAUCUCGUUCUAUUCCUCUCUCAUGGGAUUCAACAUUCGUGAACUCAGCAAAACUGGUCCUUCCGCCAAACCCACUCCUCACACUCGGAGUGCAAGCGAGAUUGAACCUGUACAGUGUAGCAUUUCUCCAAAGUGUUUCGAAUUACACGCCAUCUGUCGGAACAUGAUGACGGGCAAGGCACGAGAAUUCGCAAAAAUGUGA